UACUUGGUGAUGCCUUUUGGCCUCACGAACGCGCCCUCGACCUUCCAAACGACCAUGAAUGGAAUUUUCAGGGAACUCUUGGACAAAUGCGUCAUCAUCUACCUCGACGACAUACUAAUCUACAGCUGCAGCAGGGAGCAGCACUUACAAGAUCUUGAUGCAGUCUUCAUGCUGCUGCACAAGAAUUGCCUCACCACCAAAGGGUAUAAGUGCAAAUUUCUUAAACACGAGUUGGAAUUUCUGGGCCACAUCGUCUAUACCGAAGGAGUGAAAAUCGACCCCAAGAAAAUCAAGACCACACAAGAAUGGAAGACGCCAAGCAACAUCAAAGAGCUCUGCAGGCAUACCACCGCUACCGGACACUACUUUAAUAAGCGCGACACUUCCCGCAUCUGGGUUUCCAGCUGCGAUUUACUUCGUACCCUUCUAAUCCAGGAAUCCCACGACAAUCCUACCUUCUGGCAUUUCGGAGUCGACAAAACCAUGAAGAUGUUGCAACGCAAUUAUUACUGGCCGAACAUGGCCGACGAUGUGCGCAAGUAUGUGUCCUCCUGCACCGCCUGCCAGUUUAUGAAAUCAUCCCAUCAGCGAGCUGCCGGACUCUUACAACCGUUGGAUCCGCCAGAGAGACCCUGGCAACAUAUCACGAUGGACUACCUGACAGGACUGCCGGCCGGUCCCAGCGGAAACGACGCCAUCCUCGUGGUCGUUGACCGACUCACGAAAAUGGCGCACUUCAUCGCCUGCCAACAGAAAAUUACAGCGGAGCAAACUGCCCAACUGUUCAUCGCCAACGUCAUCAGAUUGCACGGACUGCCCACCGCCAUUAUUUCAGACCGAGACCCGAAAUUCACAUCGAAUUUCUGGCGCCACCUGUGGGACCAAUUCGGCACCAUAUUACAGUUUUCCUCAGCCUACCACCCACAGACUGACGGGCAGACCGAAUGAGUCAACCAAACUAUGGAGCAACU